CAUUGUGCGCGCGGGUGAGUACGGCGCGAAAUCACGUCGGGGACUGUGGUGCUGGCCUUGCCUCCUGUCCUCCCGCCGCUGCGCUUUGGAUUUUGCUCAUACCCUCGAGACAUUUCGAAGAGGAAGGUAUGGCCUCCGGGCUUCCGAUGGCCUGGUUCCACGAACCAGUGACUUUUGAAGAUGUGAUCCUGGGUUUUGACCCAGAGGAGUGGGGACUGCUGGACCUUGAACAGAAGUCCCUGUACAGACAGGUGAUGCUGGAGAACUACAGAAACCUGGUCUCCGUGGAACAUCAGCUUUCCAAGCCAGAUGUGGUAUCUCAGUUAGAGGAGGAGGAAGAGCUCUGGUCGGAGGAGAGAGGAAUUCCUCAAGACACCUUUUCAGGGCGUCCUAACGCUCAUUUGGACCCUCCAUUGGAUCCUCUUCCUGCUGGGGAGCCUCUGAUGGAGAUUGAAGUUGUUGAAGUCCUCACACUCAACAAGGAAGUAGCUCGUUCCCGGAACGCCCAGAUCCGGGCCCUCUAUGCUGAAGAUGAGGGCCUGAGCCCAGAGGUCCUCGGGGAGCCCGCUCAACCACCAGGCAGCCUUCCAGCUGACCCUGAGGCUGCACGCCAGAGGUUCCGGGGGUUCCGCUUUGAGGAGGUGGCAGGGCCCCGAGAGGCCCUGGCCCAGCUCCGUGAUCUCUGCCGCCAGUGGCUGAGGCCCGAGAUACACUCUAAGGAGCAGAUGCUAGAGGCGCUGGUGCUGGAGCAAUUUCUGGGUGUGCUACCAGGGAAGCUCCAGGUGUGGGUAGAGUCACAGCACCCAGAGGACUGCCAGGAGGCAGUGGCCCUUGUGGAGGAUGUGACCUGGAUAUCCAAGGAGGAAGCAUCAUCUGUCCUGGACCCCACCUGCUCUCUGGAGACCACAGCUCUGCAGGAGGAAAAGGAGGAGAACAAGACCACCUGCCCAGCAAAGGUACUGCCUGAGGAACCAGUGACCUUCCUGGAUGUGGCUGUGGACUUCAGCAGGGACGAGUGGGAACUGCUGGAGCCAACACAAAGGACUGAGUACCAUGAUGUGAUGCUGGAGACCUUCAGACACCUGGUCUCUGUGGGAUGGGAGACUACUCUGGAAGGCAAGCAGUUAACCCCAAAGUCUGUUCCUGAGGGAGAACCAGCCGGUGACCUGAAAGUGGACGGACUCUCAAGGGCCAAGGCCCAGUUUUCUACCUCAGAAGAGACCUUGCAGGGUGGAGCUCUGGAAGUUCAGGACACAGCACUGCAGCGCGUGGGGGUGACUCAGGAAGAAUCCCUCUCUCAGAAGCAGCACUGUGAAAGCCCCAAAUCCCAGACAAACACACAUCUUGCCACUAGCCACGUUUCACUCCAGAAACCUCGACCUAGGAAACGCUUGCGCAAGCAUAGCUCACGGGUUAAAAAGGCGACGCGUAAUUCACAUACAAAAAUUCAUCAGAAGAGCCGAAAAGGGGACAAAGCCAGGGAAAGUAGUGGUUGUGGGCUCCUCAGCUGGAGCACCCAGCAGGUUACAUUUACAAGAAUUCAUAAGGAGAGCCAAGUUUGCCGAUGCAGCGCAUGUGGUAAAACGUUCCGGAAUCCGAGAUACUUCUCUGUACAUAAAAAAAUCCACACAGGAGAGAAGCCCUACGUGUGUCAGGACUGUGGGAAAGCCUUCAUCCAGAGCUCCUCCCUCACGCAGCAUCAGAGAAUCCAUACUGGAGAGAGACCAUUUAAAUGUCGUGAAUGUGGGAGGACUUUCAAUGACCGAUCAGCCAUUUCCCAGCACCUGAGGACUCAUACCGGAGCCAAGCCCUACCAGUGUCAGGUCUGCACAAAAGCUUUCCGCCAGAGCUCCCAUCUCGUCAGGCAUCAGAGGACCCACACUGGGGAACGCCCCUACACUUGUAACAGGUGUGGAAAGGCCUUCACCCAGAGCUCACACCUCAUAGGGCAUCAGAAGACGCACAGUGGGGCGAAAUGCAGGAAGAAACACCGAUCUCCUAGUGCCAAAGCUUCUUGAAGAGAUGCUGCCUUUUCCUGUGUGUUAAUAUACACUCAAGGAUAUUUUUCCAUUGAUUUUUAG